GAGAGAUGGUUAAUUUAUGUGGGCCCUACCACUUUUUAUGGUUCCCCCAAAUUGCAAAGAGAUAAUAAGAGGAACGCUCACCCCUUUUCUUUCUGCCUUUUCUACCCUUCUUUUCCAGCGAGUUCUUCCUUGUUCUCCCGCGUGUUCUUCCUUGUUUUCUGAUAAAUAUUCUCCUACUCCAUGUGUGUAGCAGCGACACCGACGUAACCUUCGGUGGCUGAGCAUCCGGCGUCGACCCACCAGCAAAGGGUGCUUGAUCUUUGUUUAUUUAAGUGGAUAGAUCUUGCCCACCACCAUUUCCGACUCAUCUUACGACCCACUGCCACCGAGCGCAUUUUAAUCUGUCACCAAACUCAAGUUGAAAGAUGUCAAAGAGUAAAGGUCAAGCUGGGGAACCUACUCAAGUCCGUGUUGUGAUCUUGAGGUGGACUGAAGACAUGGACCAAAUAUUACUGGAUGCCUUUUGUGAGGAGGUUACCAAGGGAAAUAGGCCGGAUGGUGCAUGGACAACGCAAGGCUAUGCUAAUGUACUUGAGGCAUUAAAGGCUGGCGUUUCACCAACCAUGACAAAGCAAAAUAUUAAAAAUAGAAUGAAAACCAUGAAGGAUAACUUCACUGAGGCUUAUGAUCUAUUCAAAGGUCUUAGUGGCUUUGCAUGGAGUCCAAUGACUAAGAGGUUUGAGGCUGAGGAUCAUGUAUGGGAGGAAUUAAUUAAGGAAAAACCUCAUGGAAACGAUCGCAAGUCAAGCACUAUGAUACAUUGAAGGAGCUUUUUGGUGCUGAUCGAGCAACGGGAAAAAAAGCCUUAAGUGCUGGCCAAAUAUUGCGUGAAAUGGAGAAGGAAACUGUGGGCUUAAAUGAUGCUGGCGAUGACACUUCUAUGCUGGAACCAAAUGCUGAUGUCUUUGAGGGGGGGCAAUUCUCCCCUCCUAAUGUCGACUAUUUUAGCCCAGCCCAAGCACCCUCCCAUCAAUCUACAGGUACAUCUGGUUCACGAGGAAUAAAGCGUAAGACACCGAUGAUUGAUUCCUUUGAUUCUCAAGUGGAGAAAAUGACUAGUGCUCUUGGAUUGAUGUCUGAUGCAUUGAUUAGUGGUAAUUGUAUUUCUAGUAAGCUACAUGAUGUGGCUGAAAGGCAGGUGGGAGUCGCAGAACGUCAAGUUGUAGCAAUUGAAGAGCGUAAUGAAAUUUACAAAGACCAGUUGACCGUCUUUAAACAUAGUAAACCACGUAUAUAUACUGAAUCAGAUGUGUGGAACAUGUUGACUGAACUGAAUGUAAUCGAUCACCUCCGCAUGCAGUGCUAUGAAUUUUUAUGCACUAAUGAUCAAAAGACGCGCCUGCUUUUUGGUGUACCAGCUCACAUGCGCCUGCAGACUCUGUUUCAAAUGAUGAAUGUCGGUGGGCUGCAGUGACAAUUCAUGUUCAGCCUAUGUUUUUUUGCUAGUGUGCAUUAUGUACAUUUUGGGGUGUUUGUACUGAAGACAUCUUCUAGUGCCUUUAGCUAUUUUGUGUUACUAAUAUGUAAUCUAUUAUGGAAAGAAGUAGGAAGCUAAGGAAGGGUUUUUUGAUGUAAAAGGAUAUGUUUUUUUGUUUUGGUGGCAGUCAUAUGCUUUGUAAGCCUUUUGAAUGUAAUAGACUCAAACAUUAUGUA